UUGUUACUUCCUUGUUCUGAAGUAUCAGAGAGAAAACCUCUGUCUGUUGCUCACGAGCUGAUUCAGCGUCAAAUGUUGGAGGAAAACAUUUAGUUGAACAUUCAUCGUGAGCUCCGAGCCGACAGACAGUGUGGGGCCAUGUCUGACCGCGAGGAAGAGACGACAGACGGACAGCAGGAGCUCCAGGGCGCCGUGGGAGGAGAAGAUGUCAUCGAUGAUCCAAUCCUGGAGCAGGGAGCAGUGGUCCUUCGCGGGUAUGUGAUUGAGCGGAUCAACACAGAGGAACCCGGCCGGCAGGUCCACUCUGAGGAUUUGGGAGGACAGCCCAACGAACUACAGGAUCCACACGUCAAGGAAGUGGUGCAACAGCUGCUGAAGAUCGCAGAUGAAAUGAACAGGAACGCUGAGUUACAGCAAUUGAUCAACCAGGUUCAGGCUGACUGUGCUCAGGACAUCUUCAUGAAGGUGGCCAGGAAUAUCUUUGCUGAUGGAAUCAACUGGGGCAGAAUCGUGGCUCUCUUCCAUUUGGCUUACAGACUCAUACACAAGUCACUGACCACCAACCAUUUAGAGAACAUCAGAAUAGUCAUCAGUUGGGUUCUCCAGGUGAUCAAAGACAUGCUCUACCCCUGGAUAGUACAGCAGGGAGGCUGGGAGGGAGUGAUCCGUGGCUUUUCUCGGUGGAGGACAGUAGCUAUGGUAGCAUCAGUCGUACUGGCAGCCACCUUUGUUUUCUACAGGAAGACGCACUGAGACCAUCCUUUCAACUGAAGCUGCAUCUCUUGAUUUGGAGGGGUCCUGGCUCUCAGGUCAUAAGAACAACAUCUGCAUUUUAAUGAGGACGACUUCCAACUGCUGGAAAAAGUUGUUGUUUGACACCAUCUUGUUAUCUGUUCUCUUUUUCUCUCUCUUAAAUGGACCUGGUUAUUUCAGAUUGACUUAGAAUUAUUCAUUUGAAUUAGAAGAAUUAUAAUUAAAAGGAAAACACUCCAGUUAGUGAAUGUACCCUCUGUUUAUUAACUCCUCCAGCAGUGAACACACGCAGGAGCAGUGGGGGAUUGGGUGCUCAGGGGGGCACCCAGCCCUUGGCCCAUCCCGGGAAUGAACCAGCAACCAUCCAAGCCCAAUACCUUUCCUCUUGGACACGGGGUGACCCUUUUCAUGUCGUGUCCAUUUUACAGACAAAUGUUAGUAUUUCCAAAGUAGGUGGAUGUUGUGUUGAGAUGUUUACACACACUUUUAUAUGCAUAUGGUUUAAAUAUGAAAUAAUGUUUAUAAUAAAUGCAGAUGAAAGUGGUGUGAACUGCCAUCAAACAACCUUGUUUCUAUGUUUGAUUGAGAAUCAGAAAAAAAAACACAGUUAAAAGCUUUAGUAAAAUCAGAUCAGAAUAAAAACCUUAACGAUGGUUUGUUACGGUUUAGUCACAUGACUCCAAACCACUACAGCAACACAACACUACAGCCUUUUAUUUAUUUUAUCAUUAUUAUAAUUUUUUUAUUAUUUUCUGUGAACACUGGAUCUUUGACUUCACAUUAUUAAAAAUAUGAAUAUGUAUUAAGAAUAUAGUUAUCAAAUUAAAAAGGAUCUGACAGAAAUGUCUUCAGUCUAAUGUGAGGAAAUAACUCCUGGGAAAAAUAGAUCUUUACAAUCUGGAAAAGGUGCUGAUGUCAUUCGAAGAAAUAAUAUAAAGUUAACACAGCAGAAGCUUCAUUAGAACACAAAAUCAAACAUGAAAUGUUUAGGGAAGGGCUUCAUCUGCAGAAUAUAUGAUGUACAGAGGAAUCUCUGUGGAAUGAAGACGUCCACUAAAGCUCAAUACUAACUCACACCUGCCUGAGCUCUCUACGACCUGUACAAUAAAACCACAUUUCCAUCACAUCUGAGACAGAAUUAACUCGUGUGAUGGACAUAAACAGUGACCAAUACAACAGAGAUGUGUUUGUUUUUUUCUUUCUUUCUAUAAAAUGAACUAAAAUAGAGUUGAACUCACUCACCAAGAACUGCAAUAAACAGGAGGGAGAAUUCAGCUUGUUUUGA